CACUGGUUAACCGGUUAUGAUCUUCAUAAUGAUUUAAACAGCAAAACAAAAAGCCACAAGUCUUUAGACAUUCUUUACUGGCAUGUGAUGUAAUGUGCCAUAUACAUUUUAUUAUAGUAGCCCCAUCAAGCCCCACCCCAUUCCAAAAUAUAUAAAGGCAGAACUACAUAUGGGCAGCGAUUAGACAGAGAGAUUAUUUUCUGUCAAACAUGUACUUUGUUGCUGGAGGGUUUUGUGUCUGUCCGUUCUAUGUCUUCCUGUCUACUUACUGUAGUCUUCACAUUGAACAUUAAUGGAAACAGACAUCUGAUACAGUACAUUUCAGUGUAUCAUCAAUUAUGACAUUUCCCAGAAGCAUUCUGCCAAAACAUUUCCUGAUUCUGCUCUGUGUGAUUGUGCUGGGCAUUUGUUUGAUUCUAAUAAGACUUCUUAAGUGGCAUCCAAGUCAUCAUUACAUACCGUCAUCCGGUGUAAGUCCUAAAUAUGACCAUGUCAUUCCCACACCUAGCAAUUUAUCAGUCCUUAGUGGAAGCAUUUCAUCAUGUGACUGUAAAGGCCAAACAGACCUUCAUCAGUUUCUACCAUCAGAUCAACUAAAUGACAUCAUUAAAAGCAGAGCAAAAGAGUACAAGGAACAUCAGCUCAGAAUGAAGACAAAUACUGACAUUCUCAUUGCACCGGCCAACUCUCCUCUCCAAUAUCCCAUCAGAGGUUUCAGUGUAGCUCCUCUACAAAAAAGUCUGAUACCAGGUCUUGGUCUUUAUACACAAAAGAGGGAAGUUUACAAGGUAUCUUUAAGUGUGGAGAAAGGGGUGCUGUCAGUGGAUGAGGAUGUAAAUAAAGAACAGGUGAAUGGACAGGGCGAGAGGAAAUUGACUAUCUCAUCCUCAAGUCUCAAAGAAGUCAAUGAUCUGCUGAGCAGAGUGACUUACACCAGCACCAUCUACCACAUCAGAACAUCAGACUUGGUUCAUUUUAGUUUUGAAGACAAUGAGGCCGUAUUUCCAGUCAUAAUCAGAAGACCUACAGUUCCUGUUCUGUUCAAUCCAGGAAAUGAUAUCAACUCUCAGGUUACUAUUACAACAAAGACAUUUCUGAGAUAUAACAAAUUAAAAGUCCUCAUCAAGAGCAUCCGCAAGGUUUACCCGAAAAUCAAGAUCAUCAUUGCUGACGAUAACCCAAAUCCAGAAAAUGUGUCUGGUGACAACAUAGAGCAAUACAUCAUGCCACCUGCACAGGGCUGGUUUGCAGGGAGGAAUUUGGCUGUAUCACAAGUCACCACCAAAUACUUCUUGUGGGUAGACGAUGACUUUGAGUUCAUGGAUGAGACUCGCAUUGAGAGCUUUGUGAAGAUUAUGGAAGCGAAUCCAGAAUUGGAUGUUGUUGGUGGAGCGGUCUCAGGUGAACAGUAUUAUUUCAGUCUUGAGUAUAUUGAAGAUGAUGAAGGUGGCUGUUUGAGACGUUUUCAAGGAAGGCAUCAUAAGCCACUUCCGGGAUUUGAAGGCUGUUUUUUUGUGGAUGUGAUAGUGAACUUCUUUUUGGCUCGGACUGAUGCAGUGAGAAGAGUUGGAUUUGAUCCCUUUCUGAAAAGAGUAGGGCACACCGAGUUCUUCAUUGAUGGACUUGGAAAGCUGUUGGUGGUGUCCUGCAAAGAUCUCUCUAUUGGCCACCAGAUACAUGAGGCACAUGAAAAAUAUGAUGUUUAUAGGAAUGAAGGGGAAAGUGAGAAAGAGAAAAAAUAUGCCCAUCAUUUCUACAAGAAUUAUCUGAAAUGUAUAAAAUACUGAAGGGUUUUUUGUCUCGCUAAUUAUGUUUUUAUUGUACUUUUUUAUUUAUUCAUAUGCUGAUACAGACCUUGCAUUCUCCUGUUAAAAGACAGAUUUGUAAUAUAUUAUUUUUAUACUGUAUAUACCGUUUUUAUAAAAAAAAUCUAAUUUUUGCAACACAUUUAUUCAUUGCUCCAGUAAAGUAAAGCAACACCACUCUGAUCUGCUUAUGGUUUUCCAGUGUGGUUUACCAGUCAGUGUUUCUUUUUUUAUUUAUUAUAUUAUGUUAUUUUAAUCUACAUAAUGUUCAGUCUGACCCAAAAAAGGUAGAAAGGGCUAUAAAUCAACUCUAAAAAGAAUUUAUUUUGUUAAUGUUUUUUAAAUCAUAUGAAUGAUGUACAUAUCAUAAAUGCAUUGUGCAUGUAAUUAAAUACAUUUAUUUAUUUGCAUUUCACACAUAUUUGUGCUUUGUAUAUUGUCUGUGGCUGAAAUCAAGACAUUAAACAUAAAUAAAAAAAUAUUUUGGAUUAAUAAUACAGCAAGGAAUAUACAUUUAAAGGAACAGUAAGUAGAAUUUACCCCCAUCUAGUGGUGAAAUUGUAUUUUGCAUUCAAACGAAUAGUGCUCUCUAGCGCCUCGCUUUUCCAAAUGCAUGUUGCAACUACGGUAACCGUUAUGAACUCGCUGAUCUCCUUGUCUGUUUCAGCUGGUUUUGGUCCUUCUCUUAAAAAUAAGUUCUUUGUAGUGAAAAAUGUUCUUUAGAUUCCUUUAAUCACUUGUCACAAGGGGGAAAAUCAAAGAAUUAGGUUUUGAUAUGCAGCAAAAGAUUGUUGUGCCUCACAAAUUAAAAAUUGUCUGUAAAAAAAUGCUAAAGC